GAUAGAAAUAAUGGCAGAACUGUUGCAAAGAUUUAGCGGAAAUCCGUUCACAACAACUGUUGGGCAAAAAAUCGAACAGGCAACUGAUCCCUCGCUGGCCUCUGAGAACUGGGCCCUCAAUAUGGAAAUAUGCGAUCACAUCAACGAUACAGACGAGGGGCCACGAGAUGCUGUUCGAGCCAUUAGAAAGCGAUUGCAACAAAACUCUGGCAAAAACUUUACUGUCAUUAUGUUUACUCUAACG